ACGUCUAAUGAUGGAUGAUCUGAGCAAUUCGAUUAAUGAUCCGGUGGAUUCUUUUGACUUUAAAUCAAGUAUCUCUUCUGUUGAUUCACUCAAUCGAGAUGAAGUUAGUAAUUACUUUCAAUCGAUUGACACGAAAUUCGAUAAGGAAACAGAAACAAUUAAAGUUGAAAGCUGGAUAGAAUGGGCAAAGCGACUCAAAUAUCUGAAACUGAUAAACACUGAUGUACUAGAUUGGAUACUACCGAAAAAUUGCUCAGGGGAAUUAAUCGAUGCUAAAGUAUUUUGUGCAAGGGGACCUGAUGAUUCUAUUUAUGAUACAUACACAUUGGUCAGGGACGGGUUUGCAAGAGGAAACUGUUUUUUAAGGAUUACAAGAGGACCUAACAAAGGAUCAAGAUGUAUUCUGUAUGCUCUUAAAAAGUUUACUGGAGGCUUGGGGGAUGAUGAUGACAGAGACAAGGGAGAUAAUGUCACUUGGAAAAAAUAUUUUAUUAAACCUCUGGAUGCAGCCAAAAGAGUAGUAGCUACAAGAAAAGCAAAUGGAGAGGCUCAG